AUGAAUAUAAAUAAAUGCGAAGCUUAUUCAGAAGAGUUGGAAAAAGUACAAACAUGCGGUCAGGAAAAAGGACAAAUACUAAAGCAUUGCUACAACGAAUUUAAAAUAGAUAUAUCUUUUUUUUUAAAGUUACAUGAACAGAAAAUAAAUAUUUAUAAAUUAAAAAGUGAUUAUGUUAAUUUAAUUUCAGAAACAUAUGUGAAAAAAAUAAAAGUAGAAUAUAAAUACAAAAAGAUAAAUAAUUUAGACAUAAUUGAAUUUUAUUAUCCAUAUAAGAAUACUAGUUUUAUAGAAAUUAACAAAAACUCAUUUGAAACAGACAAAAUAUGUAUAGAGUUUCGAAAAAAUGAAGAAAAAAAAUUCCAAAAAAUUAAUAAUUAUAAUAAAAAAUAUCAGGGAUUACUUUUAAAUUUUAACACAUUAGAAGAAUUCUUAAAUGCAAAUAAAACAAAACAUGUUAACAACUCAAUGAAUGAUAUAAAAAUGUAUGUAGUAUGUGAAAAUAAUGAAAAAAAAAAAAAAAAAUGUAUAUAUGAUAAUUCUUUUUGGGAAUAUAAACAAGAUGAAUUAGAUUUUUUUGAAAAAAUAAAUAAAUAUUUAAUAUUAAGUUAUUUUGAUUUGAAAAAAUGUAUAUGUUAUUAUAGUAUAUCAAACCCAGUAAUCAAACCAUUAGGAAAUUUUAAAGAAAUAUUGCCAUCCCAAAGGUUACAUAUAUAUAUAAACACAGAAAAUGUUUAUUUAAAUAAGGAAAUAAAAGAAAUUAAUGUUAUAGACACAAUUUAUUUAUCUCAAAAAAUAGAUGACUGUUUUAAUAGCCAUAAAAUGUUUGUAAAAUCGAGAGUAUUUUUAUUGUUAAGAUUUAAAAAUGACGAUAUAAAUGAUGGGAAUUAUUAUGAUGAAUUCAUGCAAAACAGUUAUGAAAUUUUAUCAAAUAUCCAAAGUGAAGAAAAUAAUGAAUUUUAUAAAAUAAACAGUUUUAAAAAAUUAUAUGAAUAUAUUUUUUAUGAUGAUAAAUAUAAAGAAAAUAGUAUGAAUGAUAAUCAACAAAAUGAAUAUAUUUUACAUUGUAGUAUAUUAAGAAAAAAUUUGAAUUUAGUAGUUUUACCAAUUAACUGUUUGAGCGAAUUAAAAGAGGAAAUUAAUAUGUCAAAAGAUAAAGUUUUAAAAAAUAUAAAAAAAAAAUAUUUUGAUAUAUACAUAUGUAUGAUUGAUCAUAAUCUUAUACAUAAUUCACUAAAUUGGGAUGCUAGAAACUUAUUAUAUUUUUUAACAAUUAAAUAUGAAUUAUAUAAUUUUGAGAUUAGUUUAUUGGCAUUUAGAGAUAUAGGCUUAUUGGGCGAUCAAAUAAUUUGUUUAUUUAAUAAAAAUAAUGAGUUGAUUUUUAAAUGUCCUAUAUUUUCAAAAGAUCAUCAAACUAGUAGUAAUGAUAAUUCCCAAAUUGUAUUCAAAGCUGUUUCAGAAAUUUUAGGAAUAAGUUAUGAUUUAGUAGAGGUAAUAGACUAUUCAGAAAAAAAAAAAAAGUUUAAUUUUGAAUUAAUAAAACAGUAUAAUAAUUCCAGUAACAAUGCUAAUAAAUUAGACAAUAAAAAUUUAAAUGAAAUAAAAAUCGAUUUAAGUGAUAAAAAAAAUAAGUUGGUUAAAUUUUUUUUAAAUUCAUCAAUAUUUAAUAUAAAAAUGAUGGGAAUUUCUGAUUUUUUUAAAAUAGAUAAAAAUAUGAAUUCUUUAAAAUAUGAAAUAAUUCCAGGAUGGAAAAAGUAUAUAGAAAAAAAAAAUAACAAAAUAAAAGAAAAUAUAAUAUAUGUUAUAAACUUAAAUAAUUUUUUAAAUAAAAAUACAAUACAAAGAAUAUCACUAGAAUUAAAUAUAAAAUUAAUAAAAUGGAGAAUUUUAAAAAAUUUUAAAUUUGAAAAAAUUCAUGAUUUAAAAAUAUUAAUAAUUGGGUUGGGUACAUUGGGUUGUUCAGUUGCUAGGACUUGUGUAGCGUGGGGAAUAAAAAAUUUUACAUUUAUAGAUAAUUCACGAGUUUCUUUUUCAAAUGUUAGUAGACAAAGUUUAUUUAAUUUAGAAAAUGCAGAAUCUUAUAAUAACAUUGGAGAAUACAAAUCUAUAGCUGCUAAAAAUAAUUUGUUAAAAAUAUCUCCAGAUUUAAAUAUUAUUAGUAAAAUAAUGGAUAUACCAAUGCCUGGUCAUUUAAAUUAUUUAAAAAAUGAAAAUCUUUAUAAUACAAUAGAAGAAUUAGACAAAAUAAUUGAUAAUCAUGAUGUUGUAUUUUUAUUAACAGAUUCAAAGGAAUCACGAUACUUUCCAUCUCUAUUAAUAGCUGAAAAACAUUAUAACUGUUUAAAAAAAUAUAAAAAUUUUCAAAAUAAUAAUAUUUAUGAUACAUCCAAACUGGACGAAUGGAAAAAUACCACAAUCCAAUAUACAGAAAACAUAACAUAUAAAAAUUAUAUGUAUGUAUUGAACGAUGGUAUAGAAAAUAUAAAUAUUAACCCUAAACUGAUUUCAAAUAAAAAAAAUGAAUUAAAUAAUCAUAGAAAUAUAUUUUAUAGUAAUAUAUUAUCAACAAUAACUCAGAUAAAUAAAAUGCCACCUUUAGGUAUAUCUGUGGCAUUAGGGUUUGAUUCAUUUCAAGUUAUAAGACAUUCUUAUUUAUAUUUUAAAGGUGGUUGUUAUUUUUGUAAUGAUAUGAAUUCACCAACUGAUUCAAUGAGUUAUAGAACGAUAGAUGAAAAGUGCACUGUAACUAGACCCGGUAUUAGUUCGAUAAGUAGUAGCAUUGCAACAGAGUUGUUAAUAUCUUUAACACAACAUCCAUUGCAAUUUUCUGCCCCACAUGUUGAAAAUGAUCAAUAUAUUUGUUUUGAUUCCGAAUGUGAUAAUUUAAAAAAUAAGAAUAUAGAAACGUCAAAUUCAUUUGCUUCAUGUUUAGGAGCUACUCCGCAUAUUAUAACUUUUAAUUUAUCGAAUUUAUCAAUUCGAAAGAUUUAUUCAGAUGCUUUCGAUAGAUGUGUUUGUUGCUCAGAGCCCGUGAUUUUAAAAUACCAGGAAAACAAAUCUGAGUUUGUUAAAAAGGUGAUUAGCGAAAGUCUUGUACUUGAGGAUAUAACAAACAUGAAUGUUCUUAAACAAGCCGAUGAAAAAGAUGUAAUAAUUUUUGAGUAA